AUGUCUGCUUCAUUGAUUAAUCGUUCCUUAACAAACAUUAGGACAGAACUGGAUUUUCUAAAAGGGUCAAAUGUCAUUUCAAAUGACGUUUACGAUCAAAUAAAUAAGAGCUUGCCGGCAAAAUGGGAUCCUGCCAAUGCACCCCGCAACGCCAGUCCAGCUUCCUUGGAAUAUGUCGAAGCUCUUUAUCAAUUUGAUCCUCAACAAGAUGGUGAUUUGGGCUUAAAACCAGGUGACAAGGUCCAACUUUUAGAAAAAUUAUCUCCAGAGUGGUACAAGGGUAGCUGUAAUGGCCGUACCGGUAUUUUCCCAGCAAACUAUGUCAAGCCAGCUUUCUCUGGGUCUAACGGUCCAUCCAAUCUUCCACCACCUCCACAGUAUAAAGCUCAAGAAUUACAACAAAUCCCCACGCAAAAUAGUGCCGCAUCAUCUUAUCAACAGCAGCCAUUUCCUCCACCUUCCACAAAUUAUUAUCAGCAGCCUCAACAACAGCCGCAACAAGCUCCUCCUCCCCAACAACAACAACAACAACAACAACAUCAGAGCUCACAUAGCCACUUGAAGAGCUUUGGUAGCAAAUUGGGUAAUGCCGCCAUUUUUGGGGCAGGCGCUAGUAUUGGGUCAGAUAUUGUUAAUAAUAUCUUUUAA